GCGCGUUGGGAGGAUUUCAGUGUACUCUGUAGUCCGUGUUCCACUACUCGGGCCCCCCAUUCCAGUUUCCUGCACUCCCAGACCCCGGGACUCCAAAACCUGCUCCCUAGGUCUCGGCUCCGGGUCCCCAGACCAUCUGGGUCCUUGCACACUCCUGUUCCCCGAGCCCCGGGUCCCAUUUUCAGGGCCCCCCGGGGUCAGGGCGGAGGGGCGAGUGAUGGGCACGGUGACCCUGCGUGGCCUUCUCAGCUGACACCAGGAUGAACCGCGCCAAACCCACCACGGUGCGGCGGCCCAGCGCCGCGGCCAAGCCUUCGGGGCACCCACCCCCCGGGGACUUCAUCGCUCUGGGCUCCAAGGGGCAGGCGGGCGAGGCCAAGGGGGCUGCAGCGCUGCUGAAACCCGCGCCCACCGCCCUCUCCUCGGAACGCAAGCGCGAUGCAGCUGCUUUGGCCGGAGCCUCGGCGCUCACAGGGCUCACCAAGCGCCCCAAACUCUCGUCCACGCCCCCGCUGAGCGCCCUGGGCCGGCUGGCAGAGGCGGCCGUGGCGGAGAAACGCGCCAUCUCGCCCUCCAUCAAGGAGCCGUCGGUGGUCCCCAUCGAAGUGCCCCCUGCUGUGCUACUGGACGAGAUUGAGGCUGCUGAGCUGGAGGGCAACGAUGACCGCAUCGAGGGUGUGUUGUGUGGGGCCGUGAGGCAGCUGAAAGGUGCACGGGCCAAGCCAGACAGCUGCCUCUACCUUAGCCUCAUGUAUCUGGCCAAGAUGAAGCCGAACAUCUUUGCCACCGAGGGUGUCAUUGAGGCCCUGUGUAGCCUCCUGCGUCGUGAUGCCUCCAUCAACUUCAAGGCCAAGGGCAACAGUCUAGUGUCGGUGCUGGCCUGCAACUUGCUCAUGGCCGCCUAUGAAGAGGAUGAGAACUGGCCCGAGAUCUUUGUCAAGGUGUAUAUAGAGGACUCGCUGGGGGAGCGCAUCUGGGUGGACAGCCCGCACUGCAGGGCCUUCGUGGACAGUAUCCAGACGGCAUUCAGCACCAAGAUGCCCCCCAAGAGCGUGCUUCUGCAGGGGGAAGUCGGACGCAGUGGGGGCGACCUCAGUGCUGGGAACAGCCCUCACCCGUCGCUCACUGAGGAGGAGGACAGCCAGACGGAGCUGCUGAUUGCAGAGGAGAAGCUCAGCCCCGAGCAGGAGGGCCAGCUCAUGCCCAGGUACGAUGAGCUGGCAGAGAGCGUGGAGGAGUAUGUCCUGGACGUGCUCCGGGACCAGCUGAACCGGCGCCAGCCCAUCGACAGUGUGUCACGGAACCUGCUGCGGCUACUGGCGUCUGCCUGUGGCUACAAGGAGGUGCGACUGCUGACGGUACAGAGACUAGAGAUGUGGCUGCAGAACCCCAAGCUGACCAGGCCCGCUCAGGACCUGCUAAUGUCCGUCUGCAUGAACUGCGACACCCACGGCCCCGAGGACACCGAUGUCAUCUCCCACCUUGUCAAGAUCCGCCUCAAGCCCAAAGUCCUACUCAACCACUACAUGCUGUGCAUUAGGGAACUGCUGAAUGCCCACAAGGACAACCUGGGCACCACCAUCAAAUUUGUGAUCUUCAAUGAACUCUCCAAUGCUCGGAACCCCAACAAUAUGCAGAUCCUCCAUACCGUGCUCCAGCACAGCUCUGAGUUAGCCCCCAAGUUCCUGGCCAUGGUGUUCCAGGACUUACUGACCAACAAGGAUGAUUACCUGCGGGCCUCACGGGCCCUGCUGCGGGAGAUCAUCAAGCAGACCAAGCACGAGAUCAACUUCCAGGCCUUCUGCCUUGGGCUCAUGCAAGAGCGCAAGGAGCCACAGUACCAGGACAUGGAGUUCAAGGAACGGUUUGUAGUGCAUAUCACCGAUGUGCUAGCUGUGGCCAUGAUGCUGGGCAUCACAGCGCAGGUGAAGGAGGCCGGCGCUGCCUGGGACAAGGGCGAGAAGAAGAACCUGGAGGUGCUGCGGUCCUUCCAGACACAGAUUGCUGCCAUCCAGCGGGACGCCGUGUGGUGGCUGCAUACCGUGGUCCCGUCCAUCUCCAAGUUGGCAUCCAAGGACUACGUGCACUGCCUCCACAAGGUACUAUUCACAGAGCAGCCUGAGACCUACUACAAGUGGGACAACUGGCCGCCCGAGAGUGACCGCAACUUCUUCCUGCGCCUCUGCUCUGAGGUGCCCAUCCUGGAGGAUACACUCAUGCGUGUCCUGGUCAUUGGGCUGUCCCGGGAACUGCCUCUCGGCCCGGCUGAUGCUAUGGAGCUGGCUGAUCAUCUGGUGAAGCGUGCUGCAGCUGUGCAGGCGGAUGAUGUGGAAGUGCUGAAGGUGGAGCGGGUGCAGCUGAUCGACGCUGUGCUCAACCUGUGCACGUACCAUCACCCCGAGAACAUCCAACUCCCCCCAGGUUAUCAGCCCCCGAACCUUGCCAUCUCUACCCUCUAUUGGAAGGCCUGGCCUUUGCUGCUUGUGGUCGCUGCCUUCAACCCCGACAACAUUGGCCUGGCUGCCUGGGAGGAGUACCCAACACUCAAGAUGCUCAUGGAGAUGGUGAUGACCAAUAACUACUCCUAUCCACCCUGCACCUUGACGGAUGAGGAAACGCGCACUGAGAUGCUGAGUCGUGAGCUGCAAAUCUCACAGCGGGAGAAGCAAGAAAUCCUGGCUUUUGAAGGCCACCUGGCCGCCGCGUCCACCAAGCAGACCAUCACUGAGAGCAGCAGCUUAUUGCUGUCACAGCUCACCAGCCUGGAUCCCCAAGGGCCUCCCAGGAGGCCUCCCCCACACAUCCUGGACCAGGUGAAAGGCCUGAACCAGUCCCUGCGCCUGGGCCACCUGUUGUGCCGCAGCCGGAACCCUGACUUUCUGCUCAACAUCAUCCAGAGGCAGGCAUCGUCACAGUCCAUGCCCUGGCUAGCCGAUCUGGUGCAGUCUAGCGAGGGCUCCCUGGAUGUGCUGCCCGUGCAGUGCCUAUGUGAGUUUCUGCUCCAUGAUGCCGCCGAUGCCGCCACUUCUGGGGAGGACGAGGACGAGGGCGAAAGCAAGGAGCGCCGGGCCAAGAAGCGGCAGAGGCAGCAGAAGCAGCGUCAGCUCCUGAGCCGCUUGCAGGACCUGCUACUGGGCCCGAAGGCAGAUGAGCAGACCACAUGCGAGGUGCUCGAUUACUUCCUGCGGCGCCUCGGUUCCUCCCAGGUGGCCUCCCGUGUGCUGGCCAUGAAGGGUCUGUCACUGGUGCUGUCCGAGGGCGGCCUGCGGGAUGGGGAGGAGAAGGAGCCACCCGAGGAGGAGACUGGGCCAACUGACGCGCUGCAGGGCUACCAGUGGCUGCUACGAGACCUGCCUCUGCUACCCCUGUUUGCCAGUGUGAAGGCCAGCACUGCUCUGGCACUGCAGCAGGCCAUUCACAUGGAGACGGACCCUCAGACCAUCAGCGCCUACCUGGUCUACUUGUCCCAGCACACGCCCACGGAAGAGCAGAGUCAGCAUAGCGACCUGGCACUGGACGUGGCCCGACUGACUGUGGAACGCUCCACCAUCAUGUCUCACCUGUUCUCCAAGCGGCCCUGCAGCGCCGCCUCAGAUGCCGUACUCACAGCUCUGCUCUCUGUCUUCUCGCGCUACGUUCGCCGUAUGCGCCAGAGCAAGGAGGGCGAGGAGGUGUAUAGCUGGUCUGAGUCCCAAGACCAGGUGUUCUUGCGCUGGCCUAGCGGGGAGACGGCCACCAUGCACAUCCUGGUGGUGCAUGCCAUGGUCAUCCUGCUGACGCUGGGUCCACCACGCGCAGACGACAGCGAGUUCCAGACUCUGCUGGAUAUCUGGUUCCCAGAGAAGAAGCCGCUGCCCACAGCUUUCCUUGUGGAUACAUCUGAGGAGGCGCUACUGCUGCCUGACUGGCUGAAGCUUCGCAUGAUUCGCUCUGAGGUGCCCCGGCUGGUGGAUGCUGCCCUGCAGGACCUGGAGCCACAGCAGCUGCUGCUGUUCGUACAGUCCUUUGGCAUCCCUGUGUCUAGCAUGAGCAAACUUCUGCAGCACCUGGACCAGGCGGUGGCCCACGACCCCCAGACCCUGGAGCAGAACAUCAUGGACAAGAACUACAUGGCGCACCUGGUGGAGGUGCAACAUGAGAGAGGAGCGACUGGGGGCCAGACCUUCCACUCCCUGCUCACAGCUGCCCUACCACCGAGGAGAGACAGCACAGAGGUGCCCAAAGCCAAGGCCAGCCCCGAGCGGCUAGCAGGCCCAGGGGGUCUCCGGGCUGGGGCGCAGGUGCGGACACUGGACCCCGACGAAGACCUGGCCAGCUUGUUGCUGCAGGUCUUCCCCAUCAACCCAGGCCCACGGUGGCAGAGUUCCAGUGCCCGCCCCGCAGCCAUGAUGCUACAGCAGGCCCUGGGGCAGGAAUUGGCGCAGGCCCGGCGGGGGAGCCCUGUGGUGCCCGGCACUGGCCCACGCCUGCUGCAAGCCCUUUCCACACUGCUGGGCUCCUCACAUGGCGGGGCCCUGGUGCUCGCCAUGCACCGCGCUCACUUUUUGGCCUGUCCGCUGCUUCGUCUGCUCAGCCAGUAUCAGCGCUGCCUGCCCCAGGACACGGGCUUCUCCGCUCUGUUCCUCCAAGUGCUAACACAGAUGCUACCUUGGCUGGAGGGUCCUGCCGAGGGUGGCCCCCUGCAUGCCCAGCUCAAGCUCUUCCUGUCUCAAUGCUCGGCUAGACGCAGGAUCAGUGAUGUGCACAGUGGCUUCCUGCAGCUGGCGGAGGCCCUGGCAUUCGGUGGAGGCCUGGAGGGGGUGAGCCCCACCGUGCGUUCUGUUAUCACCUCCCUCAAGUCUGGUGGCACAUGUGAUGUGGAGCCGGAGCUCGUCAGCAAAGUUCUCCGAGGCCUGGUGGAAGUGAGGUCCCCCUACCUGGAGGAGCUGCUGGCUGCCCUAUUCUCUGCGACCAUAGGCCCAGCCUGCAGGCCCAUCGCAGUGGUGAGCUCCUUGCUCCUGCAGGACGGGGAGCCAACAGGUGCAGGGGAGCAGGAGGGUGACGACAGCAGAUUGGAGCCUGUGCGUCUGGGCCCCUGCUCUGGGUUGCUCGUGGACUGGCUGGAGAUGCUGGACCCUGAGGUGGUGGGCAGCUGCCCUGACCUGCAGCAGCGGCUCCUCUUCUCCCGGUCCAAGGGCAUAGGGCACCCAGCACCAUCAUUCCGCCCCUACCUCCUCGCUCUUCUCACGCACCAGUCCAGUUGGGCCACCCUGCACCAGUGCAUCCGCGUGCUUCUGGGCCGGAGCCGGGAGCAGAGGUUUGACCCUUCGGCCUCUCUGGACUUCCUCUGGGCCUGCAUCCAUGUUCCUCGCAUCUGGCAAGGCAGGGACCAGCGCACACCUCAGAAGCGGCGGGAGGAACUGGUACUGCAGGUGCGUGGCUCAGAGCUGCUGGGUCUGGUGGAUCUGCUGCUGGCCGAGGCCGAGGCCCGGGGCCAGGAUGCAGUGGCUGCCUGCAGCCUCCUUCAGGCCCGGCUGCCGCUACUGCUGAGCUGCUGCCGCGGGGAUGGUGAGGGCGUUCGGAAGGUGGCGGCACAUCUGACCAACUGCAUCCAGCAGCAGGGAGGCAGCGUGCUUGGAGGCCACUGUCGGGACCUACUGGUACAGCUGUACCUGCAGCGGCCCGAGCUCCGCCUGCCCCUGCCUGAUGUCCUGCUGUGCGGCCAGGCCACGGCCAGCAGCGUGUGCGCGCUGGACAGUCUGAUCCAUCGCUUUAUCAUCCUCCUCACCGACACCAGUGACUCACGGGCAUCAGAAAACCGGGUGGCUGACGCCAACAUGGCCUGCCGGAAACUGGCUGUGGCCCAUCCCAUCUUACUGUUGAGGCAUCUGCCCAUGAUGGCGGCACUCCUGCACGGCCGCACACACCUAAACUUCCAAGAGUUCCGGCAGCACCACCUCGGCUGCUUCCUGCAUGUGCUGGGAUUGCUGGAGCUGCUGCAGCCGCAGAUCUUCCAGAGCGAGCACCAGGGGGCGCUGUGGGACUGCCUGCGCUCCUUUCUCGGCCUGCUGCUGAACUACCGGAAGUCGUCACGGGCGCUGGCCCCGUUCAUCAGUAGGUUCGUCCAGUUCACACACUCCUACAUGGCCUGCAAUGCUCCAGCUGCUGUGUCCUUCCUGCAGAAACACCUAGAUGCGCUCCACGACCUGUCCUUUGAUGGCAAUGACCUGGCCAUGCUGAAGUCCCUCCUCGCAGGGCUCAGUCUCCCCAGCAAGGGCAGCCAGGCUGGCCAAGGCCUGGACGACGAGGGCGAGGACGAGUGUGCUGCUGGCUCCCUGCCCCUGGCCAGUGUCUCGCUCUUCACCCCACUCAGCGCCACUGAGAUGACGCCAUAUAUGAAGCGGCUAUCCCGGGGCCAAACUGUCGAGGAUGUGUUGGAGGUUCUGGGUGACGUUGAUGAGAUGUCUCGUCGCAGACCUGAGGUCCUGGGCUUUUUCUCGACCUGUCUGCAGAGGCUGAUGAGCUCGGCCGAGGAGUCUUGCCGCCACAUGGCCUUCAGCCUGGCUCUUCGCUCCAUCCAGAGCGACCCCAGCAUCGCCGCCGACUUCUUGCCCACAUUCAUGUACUGCCUGGGAAGCCGAGACUUUGAGGUGGCCCAGACGGCCCUGCGCAACCUGCCUGAGUAUGUCCUCCUGUGCCCAGAGCACGCGGCAGUGCUGCUGCACCGGGCCUUCCUGGUGGGCAUGUACGGCCAGGUGGACACCAGCUCCCACAUCUCUGAAGCCCUGCGGGUCCUGCACAUGGAGACCGUGAUGUGAACCUGCCACCCCCAGCCCCCCAGAGGAGUGGAGAGAUGCCCCCGGCCCUUAGCUGGACUGGUGUGGAGGAUCCCGGAGGGCUCUGAUCUUUUGUUGGUUUGUGUUUUAGGGCCACACCCGGCUGUGCUUAGAAAUAACUCCUGGCUCUGAGUCACUCUUGGUGAUGAUCGGAGACCCUGUGGGGUGCCAGGAUCGACUCCAGUCAGCCACGUGUGGGACAAGAAGGGUCUGGUCUUUUUCAAUGAAAUUCUGCUCAGAGCA